AUGCUGAAGAUUGGAUUUUAAACUUAAAAUUAUCAGGAUCUAAAUACUCAGAAUUUAUUCAUAAAAAAAUAAUAAUCCACUUAAGAUAAUUAGAUUAUUUGUGAAAAUCGCAUUCGAUUGCUCAAUAAUAGCUGGAUUACAAAAAUUAGUUCUAAAUUGGCAUCCUUCAAGUUAUUUCAAGAGUAUCAACCAAUAAAGAACAUCUUGGAUAAUCUAAAUGAGUAAACAUCAAAUAUGUUUGAAUUUUCAGAGAAAUAAUUAAUAAGUCCAAAACUAUGUGCAACUUUAGAAUAAAAAGAUCUAUGUUAUGCAAUUGUAUUUGAUCCUCAAGGGAAGAUUAUGGUUUCGGGUUGUGGAAAUAAAAUUAUAAUUUGGAAUUUUGAGAAUGGUUAAAUUUAAGAAGUUAACUCGCUUUUGGAGCAUUAAAAGGAAAUUACUUGUUUGGUAUAUAGCUAAAUAAGCAAUUAUUUUAUUUCUGGAUCAAGUGAUGGAUCAAUUAGAUUAUGGAAUUCAGAGAAUAACAAUUAAUGGUAUAGCUCUAGACCAUAUUAUGAGCAUAACGAAUGGAUUUAUUGUAUGAUCAUAACCCAAAAUGAAGAUUAAUUAAUUUCAAGUAGUGCAGAUUUUACUAUUAAAAUAUGGAGUAUAGAUUUUAUUAAUUAUGAACUUACAUUUCUCUAUUCUUUAUCCUAUCAUACUAGCGAUGUAAACUCAUUAAGUUUAAAUGAAUCAGAGAAAGUAUUGGUUUCAUGUGGGUAUGAUAGUUUAAUAAUUAUUUGGUAAAAGGGUGUAAAAAAUUAGUGGUCAUUUUAGUAAAUUGUUAAUUAGUCAACAUAAGAAAAUGGAUAUCAUGUUCGGUUUUUAAAGGAAGAUUAAUUUAUUUGGUUACCUUCUAAAAGCAAUAUGUUGUGUGUGUACUAAAAUAAUAAUGGUAAAUUUGAAGAAAUUGUAGAUAAGAGAGUUUUAUUCAAAAAAGAUAAUUAAGGAUGUGUAAAUUUACCGUUCUUCCCAAUAAUUUUUAUGAAAAAUAAAAAUUUGAUAUGCUUAAGACAUUCAUUGCACAUUUUGUUACUCAAAGAACUCAAUAAUGGAUACAUUUCUAUUGUUUAGGAAUUAUAUUGCUAAGACUGGAGUACAUAUGGAGCAGUCACAAAUAAUGGGUAAUAUUUAAUAUAUUGGGGAGAAAAUAAGAAGAAAUAUGAUAUAUAUGAAUUAUAGUAUUAAUGA